AUGAUCGUCUCGACGGAAUCGAGCCGGGAAAAACAAUAUGCGCAGGCUAAGAUUCCACUGAAAGUGCUCAUUGUCGGGGCCGGAAUCGGAGGACUUGCAGCAGCACUGGCACUGGGAAAACGAGGGCACGAUGUGCACAUCAUCGAGUUUGCGCCUGAGAUAGCGGAGGUGGGAGCUGGUAUUCAAGUCGCACCCAACAUGCUUCGACUGCUGGACAGGUUGGGAGUGGGAGUGAAAGUCCGACAGACCGGCGUGCAACUGGCGGCCAUACACGUUUUGCGCUGGCAGUCGGGUGCGCUGUUGGGCAGUGUGCCGAUCAAGCAGGAGCACGGUGAGCAGUUUGUGGUCCACCGGGCGGAUCUACAGAUGGCACUAUUGGAGAAGGCCCUGUCGCUCCCUAAUGUCAGGCUGCAGGUCAACACCAAGGUGGAAAAUGUACAGUUCAGCCCUGCUGCCGUUCUGCUGAAUGACGGGACGACUGUACAUGGCGAUGUGGUGCUCGGAGCAGAUGGCAUCAAAUCCAUGAUCCGCGCCAGGGUGCUUGGGGACGAGAAAGAUGUCGCCGUCCCCACAGGCGACGCGGUGUUUCGAGUGGUCCUCACCAAAGAAAUUUUAAGCAAUUUUCCGGAUCUUUUGCCCUUCAUCGAGGAGAAGAAGGCGAUACGCUGGGUCGGUCCUGGGAGACAUCUGAUCGCGUACCCUGUUCGGAACCACGAGAUAUACAAUAUGGCGCUGUCGCAUCCGGACCGUGGUCGUGUGGACGAGAGUUGGACAUCGGUCUCGUCGAAGACGAACCUUCUGGCUGAAUAUGAGGGCUGGGAUCCGAAGUUGAUCAAACUGCUGGAUCUCGUUCCAGAGGGGGAGGUCUUGGAAUGGAAACUGUGCAUGCACGCGCCACUGGCGCGAUGGAUCCAAGGUUGUUGCGCAUUAUUGGGAGAUGCUUGCCAUCCCAUGCUCCCAUACGUAGCCCAAGGUGCCGCACAGGCUGUGGAGGACGCAGCUUCUCUAGGUACACUCCUAUCAAGUAUAUCUUCAAAGGAGCAAAUCCCUCUAGCGCUGCAGGCUUACGAAAAGGCGCAAAAGGCUCGUGCCGAAUUCAUUCAACAGUCAUGCUUGACCACUCGAACCGCCCUUCACUUGCCGGAUGGAGCUGAGCAGGAAGCUCGUGAUCUCAAGUUUCGGCUGCUUUCCGCAGGCGGUGAUAACGACGAUAAAUGGGGUGAUCCUAAGAUGCAGCAGUUCAUCUGGGGCUGGGAUGCAGAAGCAAAGGCUGAAGAAGCAUGGAGAGGUGAGUCUCUAAGCUCCGGGUCCCGCACGGGAGAAAUUUUGACACCGCCAGACAUAAGCAAUGACUCGUCCCUGUUAACGAGUCGACUAUGA